AAUCUAUUACAAAAACGUAAAACAGAUGUAAUUUGUUUGGAUCAACGUAUACAAGAUUUACAGGCCAGAUUGAUGCGUAAAAAAAUUAUCAAUGAAAAAUUGAAAUUAUUACAACAGCAACAACAAAAUGAAUCUGAAAAAUUGAAUGUAUCAUCAGAUAAUCGUGGAAAAGAAAAUGGGCCACCACCACCACCACCAUCAUCAUUGUCGUCUAACCAAAUUGCCAUGGGACAGCAAUUUAUUUCAUCAUCGAUGAUGCAUAAUAAUAGAUUAAUGGCUACAUCAUCAUCUCAUAAUAAUAAUAAUAAUAACCGCAUGAAUCAAAAUUAUAGUAAUGGAUAUAGUAGUAACGAUAAUGGUAUUAAUAAUAAUAAUAAUAUUGCUACCGUUGAACCAUUACAGCGAUUGAAAAUGGAUUACAAUAUGAUAAAUUCAACCUAUUUAUUACAACAACAAAAAUCUAAUAAUCAUCAAAUAAUACGAAAACAAUUCAUUAAUGAUGAUGAUGAUGAUGAAAAAUAUCAAACAUUAUCUUAUUAUGGUGCCAAUAAUCAAUCGAUUGAUCGAAAAAUUGAAUGUGAUCGAUUAAAAAAUGGUGAUAUUUCGGUUAUAAUCAAUAAUGAUAAUAUCAAUAGAGGUUAUAUGUUGAAAGAUGAUAAUCAUAGUCUUGAAGAGCGGCCAUCACCAUCCGGUAGUAGUGGAUCAUCCGAUAGGAUUAGUUCUUCAAUGAAUACCUAUAAUAAUUCAUCACCCAAUCAUCGUCAUCAUCAUUAUGAUGAUGAAAAAUCAAAUUUUAUGGACAUUAAAUUUCAUAAAAUGAUCAUGACCAAAACAAACAACACGACAAAUAAUGAUUCAAAUCAAAAUGAUGAAUUAUCCACCGAUCAAAUUGAUCGGACCAAUAAUAAUAAUAAUAGUGUUGAAAUGCAAAAAAAUCUAUUUCCACAUCGUUUUGUGCCAAAUUUAAAUUCAAUUCAACGUCACGGAAAUGGUAACAAUAUUUUCAUUCAACAACAACCAAAAAAUAAUUACAACAACAUGACAACAAUAGCAACUACUACUGCUAGUAAUAAUAAUAAACCUUCAAUGCCAGUAAAACCGAUUGGUAAUAAUAAUGAUAAUAACAAUAAGGAUCUCAAUGAAUCAGCCAACAACAAUAAUAACAGCACUGCCCCCUCAUCGUAUAAUAAUAAUGAUGAUUCUGUUUUCAACAUUCAUUCUGCUAACAAAAAUGAAAUUCAAGAGAAUUUGAAGGAAAAUGAUCGCAAUGAAGAAAAAGAGGAAAAACGACAGCAUCAACGUUCAAAUAGCGUCGUUGAAAUUGUUAAUAAAUUGAACAAUCUUUCCUGUAAAGAAUCAUGGGAAAAAAUGAUGAAAAGAAGACCGGUAUAUGAUAUGAAUGAAAUGGAAAAAGAAUUGGAAAAAUCAUCACCAAUUCAUAGUGGUGAUGAUGAUAAUAAUAAAAAGGAUGAAUAUUGUUCGAUGAAAUAUGUUGAUAGUAAUGAUAAUAGUCACGAUACUAUUGAUAAAUGUUGUGUUAUUGUCAAUAAUGACAAAGACCAACAAGAUGAUGCUGUCAAUAACAAUCAUAAUCAUAAUGAUAGCACCAAAUUGUCAAACCAUACGGAAGACAAUCAUUCUUUUCGUCAUAUCAAACGUAUGAAAGGAAGCCUGAAAAAGGAUGAUGUUCAACAAAGAAUGCAACAUUGUUUGCAACAACAACAACGACAAUGUCGACGUGUUAGUUUCGAUCCUUUAGCAUUGUUAUUGGAUGCUUCGUUAGAAGGUGAACUUGAACUUGUUAAAAAAACUGCCAUUCAAGUUCCAAAUCCAAGUUCAUCCAACGAUGAAGGCAUCACUGCAUUACAUAAUGCUACCUGUGCUGGCCAUUUUGACAUUGUUAAAUUUCUAGUUGAAAUCGGUUGUGAUGUUAAUGUUCAAGAUUCGGAUGGAUGGACUCCAUUGCAUUGUGCUGCUUCCUGUAAUAAUUUGACAAUGAUUAAAUUUCUUGUCAAAUCGGGUGCAUGUAUUUUUGCCACAACUUUUUCCGAUCUGGAAACGGCAGCCGAAAAAUGCGAAGAAGAAGAUGAAGGAUUUGAUGGCUGCUCACAAUAUCUAUAUGGCAUUCAAGAAAAAUUGGGCAUCAUUAACAAUGGCAUAGUGUAUGCAUUAUAUGAUUACGAUGCACAAAAUGAUGAUGAAUUGAGUUUUCAUGAAGGCGAUAUUAUUCAAGUAUUACGUAAAGGUGAUGAAAAUGAAAAAGAAUGGUGGUGGUCCAAAAUCGGUAACAAUGAAGGCUAUGUUCCACGAAAUCUAGUUGGCCUUUACGCUCGGAUUAAGCCAAAGGAUUUAUCAUUCAAAUCUACAGAAUCAAAUUGAUUUAUUUUAACGACGA